AUGCGGAUUGAGCGGCGCUAUACCAAGGAAGGGCAAUCGCCCUACGCCGGCAUUGAAUUUCGGACUGCGACGAGCGAGAUUCGCAAUCCGGACGGAUCGAUCGUUUUCCGUCUGGAGGACAUCCAGGUUCCAGCCCAGUUCUCCCAGGUUGCCUCGGACAUUCUGGCCCAGAAAUAUUUCCGCAAGGCAGGUGUGCCUGCCAGACUGAAACCGGUCGAAGAAAACACCGUCCCGUCCUGGCUGUGGCGCCGUGAAGCUGAUGACAGCGCAAUGGACGACCUGCCGGAAGAUCAGCGUUACGGCUCAGAAAUCGAUGGCCGUCAGGUUUUUGAUCGCCUCGCCGGCACCUGGACCUAUUGGGGCUGGAAGGGCGGCUAUUUCGACCAGGAAGCAGAUGCGCAGGCGUUUUAUGACGAAUUGCGCUACAUGCUGGCGACUCAAAAGGUGGCACCGAAUUCACCGCAAUGGUUCAAUACCGGCCUGCACUGGGCAUAUGGCAUCGACGGUCCGAGCCAGGGGCACUUUUAUGUCGACUUCCAGACCGGCAAGCUGACCAAGUCGAAAACCGCCUACGAGCAUCCUCAGCCGCAUGCCUGCUUUAUCCAGUCCGUGCAGGAUGAUCUCGUAAAUGAAGGCGGUAUCAUGGACCUUUGGGUCCGCGAAGCGCGCCUCUUCAAAUACGGUUCCGGCACCGGCUCAAACUUCUCCCAUGUCCGCUCCGAAGGCGAAAGGCUCUCCGGUGGCGGCAAGUCUUCGGGUCUGAUGAGCUUCCUGAAGAUCGGCGACCGUGCAGCAGGCGCAAUCAAGUCCGGUGGGACGACACGCCGGGCGGCAAAGAUGGUCGUCGUGGAUGUCGAUCACCCCGAUAUCGAGGAAUACGUCAACUGGAAGGUCAAGGAAGAGCAGAAAGUGGCGGCGCUCGUCACCGGUUCCAGGAUCUGCCAGAAGCACCUGUCUGCCAUCAUGCGUGCCUGCGUGAAUUGCGAGGCGGAUAACGGUGACUGCUUUGAUCCGGCCAAGAACCCGGCCCUGAAGCGUGAAAUCCGUGCCGCGAAAAAAAUGAUGGUGCCGGAAAACUAUAUCCAGCGCGUCAUUCAGUUCGCCAGACAGGGCUUUACCAAGAUCGAAUUCCCGACCUACAACACGGACUGGGAUUCCGAAGCCUAUCUGACGGUCGCCGGACAGAAUUCCAACAACUCCGUACGUGUGACCGACGGUUUUCUCUCUGCCGUCAUCCAGGACAGCGAAUGGGACCUGACUGCGCGCCGCACGGGUAAAACCCUGAAAACCGUGAAGGCAAAGGAACUCUGGGAGCAGAUCGGCUACGCGGCCUGGGCCUCAGCCGAUCCUGGCCUGCAGUACCACACGACCAUCAACGACUGGCAUACCUGCCUUGCUGAUGGCGAGAUCCGUGCGUCGAACCCGUGCUCGGAAUACAUGUUCCUUGAUGACACGGCCUGCAAUCUUGCCUCCUUGAACCUGAUGCAGUUUCGCAAGGAAGAUCGCUCUUUCGACAUCGACAGCUACGAGCACGCGGUACGUCUGUGGACGGUCGUGCUCGAAAUCUCGGUCCUGAUGGCGCAGUUCCCUUCCAAGGAAAUCGCGGAGCUGUCCUACAAGUUCCGCACGCUGGGUCUCGGCUAUGCCAAUAUCGGCGGCUUGCUGAUGACUUCCGGUAUUCCUUACGACUCGGCCGAAGGCCGCGCGAUUUGCGGAGCACUGACCGCCGUCAUGACCGGUGUUGCCUACGCGACGUCCGCAGAGAUGGCCGGCGAACUGGGGUCUUUCCCCGGCUACAAGAAAAACGCCAAGCACAUGCUCAGGGUCAUUCGCAACCACCGCCGCGCCGCUCAUGGCGAAGAAAGUGGAUACGAAGGUCUCAACACGAAUCCCGUUGCUCUCGAUCAUGCGUCCUGCCCGGACCAGGUGAUGGUGGAGCGGGCCAGGAAGGCCUGGGACCGGGCUCUUGAACUCGGCGAAAAGAACGGCUUCCGCAACGCCCAGUCAACCGUGAUUGCGCCAACAGGCACGAUCGGGCUUGUCAUGGACUGCGACACCACGGGCAUUGAGCCGGACUUUGCUCUGGUCAAGUUCAAGAAACUGGCCGGCGGCGGAUAUUUCAAGAUCAUCAACCGUGCUGUUCCCGAGGCCCUUCGCGCACUUGGAUAUUCAGAAAGCGAAAUCGGCGAAAUUGAAGCCUAUGCGGUCGGUCACGGAACCAUUGACCAGGCCCCCGGAAUCAAUCCGGCGAGCCUUACGACCAAAGGGUUUUCCGAGGAAAGUCUCGGCAAAUUGAAAGACGGCAUGAAGUCGGCCUUCGACAUCAAGUUCGUUUUCAACCGCUGGACCCUCGGCGACGAACAGAUGAAGGCACUUGGCGUCUCCGACGAGCAGCUGGAAGACCAGGAAUUCGAUCUUCUGUCCUUCCUCGGCUAUUCAAAGAGCGAGAUCGAAGCGGCCAACACGCAUGUUUGCGGCGCAAUGACCCUGGAAGGUGCCCCCUUCCUCAAGGAAGAGCACUACCCGAUCUUCGAUUGUGCCAAUCCGUGCGGCCGUAUCGGCAAGCGCUUCCUGUCGGUCGAAAGCCACAUUCGCAUGAUGGCAGCGGCUCAGCCUUUCAUUUCCGGCGCGAUCUCCAAGACGAUCAACAUGCCGAACGAUGCAACGGUUGAGGACUGCAAGGAAGCCUACAUGCUCUCCUGGAAGCUGGCCCUCAAGGCAAACGCGCUUUAUCGUGACGGCUCCAAACUGUCCCAGCCUCUCAAUUCCCAGCUCCUGUCCGACGACGACGAAGAUCAGGAUGAGGUUGCUGAAGAACUUGCAGCCAAGCCGCUGGCGGCGAAGGCUGAAGUCGUGGCAGAACGCAUCGUCGAACGGAUCGUUGAACGUGUUGUCCGCGAACAGGAAAAACUGCCGGCGCGCCGCAAGGGCUACACCCAGAAGGCCAAGAUCGGCGGCCAUACCGUGUUCCUGCGCACGGGCGAAUACCAUGACGGUCGCCUCGGCGAGAUCUUCCUCGACAUGAACAAGGAAGGCUCGGCACUGCGUGCCUUCAUCAACAACUUCGCCAUCUCCGUCUCGCUCGGCCUGCAAUACGGUGUGCCGCUGGAAGAGUAUGUCGAUGCGUUCACCUUCACCAAGUUCGAACCGGCUGGCAUGGUUCAGGGCAAUGAUGCGAUCAAGAACGCAACGUCGAUCCUCGACUACGUGUUCCGGGAACUUGCAGUGUCCUACCUUGGGCGUCACGACCUCGCCCAUGUCCCGCCGGAGAUUUUCGGCACCUCUGGAGACAACGCGUCUUCCGGCGACGAUCGCGGUCAAAGCGGCCAGAUUGUCUCGCACGGUCUUGUCCGCGGACAAACCGAACGCUUCCGGCUGGUGUCCAGCGUGGGUGAACCUGCAGGCGAAACCACCGAGGCCAUCUCGGUCCAGACCGCCAAUACGCCCGCCGCACAGGUCUCCGCUGUUGCAACGGCCUUUGCACGGGGCUCUGAAGGCGUCGCAGCUGUUGAAAUCAGCACGACCCCUGCUCCGCAGGUCUCUUCAGCGGCCCAGCAGAUCGCCCAGGCGCGCAUGAAGGGCUACGAGGGCGAAAGUUGCGCCGAAUGCGGCAACUUCACCAUGGUCCGCAAUGGUACCUGCCUGAAGUGCGACACCUGCGGCUCGACAAGCGGCUGCAGCUGA